CAAGUUCGAAUUGUUUAAGCUAAGCAUCACAUGAAUCACAUACGUUCAUGUCGAUUCGAUUGAGAUACUGUUGUCUCUCUUUUUUUUUUCUUUUUAAAUUAAGUUUAUUAUAACCACGUGGAUUUGCCUUUGUCCUGGUUUUGUUUUCUUCCCCCUCUUCAGACAACUUUGAUGCAAUCGAGAAACCAAAACCUAAAUUACAGAUUCAAUUUUCUUCAAUCCAAAUUCAGUUUUUUUUUUUUUUGCUUUUUGAAUUGUGGCUAGUGGGCUCUAGCAAUUUCUGCUCAAGUUAGGGUUUUUAAUUUGUUUGCUUCACUCUGAGUAGACUCACUAGAGUGGAUUUGCUUGACCCCAACUCAUAGCUUUCACUCUAAUAAUCCCGAGUUGACUCACUAGAGUCUCAAGCGAGUUGACAAAGCUGCUGGCUUCAAUUUUGUUAAGCGUUGUCUAGAUGGGAGGUCAAUGCUCUAACCUCGGUCUUUGUUGUCGCAAAUCAUCACACAAAACAGCUGUUCUUGAAUCUCCUCAUCAUCUUGAAAAUGGAGAGAAUAGUGACAUCACUGAUGUGCCUGUUUUCCGUGAGUACACAUUAGACCAGCUUAAGUCAGCUACUUCUGGUUUUGCUGUGGAGUAUAUUGUCUCUGAGCAUGGAGAAAAGGCUCCUAAUGUCGUCUAUAGAGGGAAGCUUGAGAACCAGAAGAAGAUUGCUGUCAAGCGUUUCACAAGAAUGGCAUGGCCUGACGCACGACAGUUCCUUGAGGAAGCUAGGUCUGUUGGUCAGCUGAGGAGUGAGAGAAUGGCUAAUUUACUUGGAUGUUGCUGUGAAGGUGACGAGAGGUUGCUUGUUGCAGAGUUUAUGCCUAAUGAAACACUAGCUAAACACCUUUUCCAUUGGGAAACACAACCUAUGAAAUGGACAAUGAGGCUACGAGUUGUUUUGUAUUUAGCACAAGCUCUUGAAUACUGCACUAACCAAGAGCGUACUCUUUACCACGACCUCAAUGCCUACCGCGUUUUAUUUGAUGAGGAUUGCAAUCCAAGACUUUCUACUUUUGGGUUGAUGAAGAAUAGUCGUGAUGGAAAAAGUUACAGCACCAAUCUUGCUUUCACCCCUCCUGAAUACCUACGAACUGGGAGGAUUACUCCAGAGAGUGUGAUAUACAGCUUUGGUACUCUUCUGCUUGAUCUUCUCAGCGGAAAACAUAUACCUCCUAGCCAUGCCCUUGAUCUGAUUAGAGACAGAAAUCUUCAGACGCUGACUGAUUCUUGCUUAGAUGGGCAAUUCUCUGAAAGCGAUGGCACAGAGCUAGUACGCCUGGCUUCUCGUUGUUUACAGUACGAAGCUCGUGAGAGGCCAAACCCAAAAUCUUUGGUCACUGCCCUGACGCCUCUUCAGAAGGACACAGAGGUCCCAUCUCAUGUUCUAAUGGGUCUGCCUCACAGUGGUUCGGUGUCUCCUCUGUCCCCUCUUGGUGAGGCUUGUUCAAGAAAGGAUCUGACCGCUAUGCUUGAGAUAUUGGAUAAACUUGGAUACAAAGACGACGAGGGUGUCACCAAUGAGCUCUCGUUUCAAAUGUGGACAGACCAGAUGCAAGAGUCUUUGAACUCUAAGAAGAAGGGGGAUGUGGCUUUCAGGCAAAAAGACUUUAGAGAGGCCAUUGAGUGUUACACGCAGUUCAUUGAUGGAGGAAUGGUCUCUCCAACAGUGUGUGCACGGCGUAGCCUGUGUUACCUAAUGAGUGACAUGCCAAAAGAAGCAUUAGAUGAUGCAAUUCAAGCACAAGUGAUCUCUCCCGUGUGGCACGUGGCGUCUUAUCUCCAGUCUGCUUCCCUUUCCUUUUUAGGAAUGGAGAAGGAAUCACAAAUAGCACUUAAAGAGGGCUCGAACCUUGAAGCUAAGAGGAAUGCAGCUUCCCAACUGAAGUAAGAUACAUAUACCGUUUUAAGAUUGGCUUUUUUACUUUGGUUAAGAUGAAAGAACAUCUUAACCAAGUUUAAGGGGUUGAUUAAAUCUUUUGAGCCUACAAGGAUGAGGAAAACACUCAAGAACGAUUUGCAAAACUAGAGACCCGAUGAUGGGUGUGUAGUGUUUGUCCUCUUCUUUUUACCUGUUUUUAUAGGCGUUGAAGGAAUCACUUCCUUUGAAAUCCAAUUCCUUAAACUUUUUAUAUAUGUUGAACAUUGUACUGUAACAAACCCUUGUAUUGAAGAAACCAAAAGAGAUUGUUUUCUUUUGAUUUAUGUCACAUCAUCACCCCAAAUGUAAAAUGGAUGGUUGUGUUCGUAGCCAACUAAACGUUCUGGAGUUUUGCAAAGCUUCACAAUCUCUGUAAUUUUGAAUGGCAAAAACAUCUUUAGACAUUUCUA